AUGGCAGAGAAUGGUACCGAGGUGAUGGAAUUUGUUCUGAUGGGAUUCCAGCUGCAGGCAGAACUGCAGAGGGGUCUCUUCUUUGUGUUUCUAGUCCUUUAUCUCAUCACCAUUGGAGGCAAUGUGGGCAUGAUUGUGCUAAUUCAGAGAGACUCUCGACUCCAGACUCCUAUGUACUUUUUCCUCAGCCACCUUUCCUUCCUGGACAUUUGUUACUCUUCUGUUAUUGUCCCUCAGUUACUUGAGACCUUGGCGACUGAGGUGAUGGUCAUCACUUUUGAACGCUGUGCCACUCAGUUCUUCUUUUUCACACUCUGUGCCAGCACCGAAUGUUUCCUUUUGGCUGUGAUGGCCUAUGACCGUUACGUGGCUGUGUGCAACCCCCUUCUCUAUACCACAGCUAUGACACCACAGACUCGCCUGGGGCUGGUGGCUGGAGCAUAUGCUGGUGCAAUGGUGAAUUCUGUGAUCCGUACUGGGUGUACCUUCUCGAUCUCCUUCUGUAAGUCCAACUAUGUGGACUUCUUCUUUUGUGACCUUCCACCCCUGCUAAAGCUUGCCUGUAGUGAGACCAGGCCACGGGAGUGGGUAAUCUACAUCUUAGCUUUCUUGGUUAUCACGAUUAGCAUUUCAGUGAUCCUUAUUUCCUACCUAUUCAUCAUCCGGGCUAUUCUGAAGAUUCGUACAGCAGGUGGCAAAGCCAAGACCUUCUCCACCUGUGCUUCUCACAUGACUGCAGUGACUCUUUUCUUUGGAACUCUCAUAUUCAUAUACCUGAAAGGUAACAUGGGCAAAUCCCUUGGGGAAGACAAGAUUGUGUCAGUAUUUUACACGGUGGUCAUUCCCAUGCUAAACCCAAUGAUCUAUAGUCUGAGAAACAAGGAGGUGAAAGAGGCUCUGAAGAAAGUUUUCAAUAGGAUGCGGGUUUCCCAAUCAGAGUAA